ACCCCCUCAAACUAUUCCAUUACUAUUUCCCUCAAAUGAGGACUCUCUUUUUCUCAUCAUCAAAAUCAUCUUCUUCACAUGAUUAUUCAUCAUCUCCAUCAUCCAUCAUCUCUAGUACUCACACUUUUUGUGAAUCUUUAAUUGAGGAAACAAUACAAAAUUCUCAAUCAAUUAUCACAAAAUGGGACCUUGAUCCAUCCUCAGCCUCCGCCUCUUACAACAGAGUUGCUAAUCUGUUUCGUGAUCAUCCUGAAGAAGCCAAACGCCUUCUUAAAGCUGUUAAAGACUUACAACACGCGAUGCAAUUCGUUAUCAAAGAUAGUUCAAACUCUAAAGUCCUGGUUCGAGCUCAUGAUCUCAUGCAAAUUGCCAUGAAGAGACUUCAGAAAGAAUUCUACACUAUUUUAUCAGGGAGUAGCUACUUUCUUGAUCAUGAAACUGUGUCGUCAUCAAGGCAUUCAAGAUCAUCAAUUGAAAACGAAGUUUUGGGAUUUGUCAUGGCUGAUUUGAAAUCCAUUGCUGACUGUAUGAUUAAUGCUGGUUAUGGAAAAGAAUGCGUAAAAAUUUACAAACUUAAUCGAAAAUCAGUCAUCGAUGAGACUUUAUAUAACUUGGGAAUAGGAAAAUUGAGCAGUUCGCAGGUUCAGAAAAUGGAUUGGGAGUUACUAGAGAUAAAAAUCACCAAUUGGUUGAGCUCCGUGAAAGUUGCUAUUAAUGCUUUGUUCUGUGGAGAAAAGAUUCUCUGCGAUUACGUGUUCUCUUCCUCUGACAACAUCAGAGAAUCGUGUUUCUCGGAGAUUGCUAAAGAUGGUGCUUUGUCUCUGUUCUUGUUUCCGGAAAUGAUGAUGAAAUACAAGAAGAAGUUGUUGUCACUGGAGAAAAUGUUUAGAAUUUUAGAUCUUUAUGAUGCUGUUUACGAGGUCUGGAUUGAACUGGAACUGAUGUUCAGUUCUGAUUUGAUACCGGUAGUCGAAGCUAAAGCAAUGUCAUUACUGGGUAAGCUUGGUGAUGCUGUAAGAGCUAUGUUGUUGGAGUUUGAAACAGCCAUUCAGAAAGAUUCAUCCAAGGUGGUGCAGGGUGGGGGAAUUCACCCGUUAACUCGGUACGUAAUGAAUUACCUUGUUUUCCUUGGUGAUUAUAGUGGGGCGAUGUGUGGUAUAAUCGUCGAUUACUCCCCAGUGUCAUUACAAAUGAUACCAGAGUCUUGCUGCUUGAGUCCAACAUCGGGGGAUGGGAACUCUUCCCCAUCCCCUGCUAUUGUAGUACGGCUCGCGUGGCUCGUUCUGGUCCUUCUAUGUAAACUUGAUGGUAAAACACAACUAUACAAGGACGUGGAGUUGUCUUAUUUGUUCUUGGCGAACAACUUAAACUACGUUGUUUCGAAAGUUAGGGAAUCGAACUUGAAGCUCAUACUUGGAUCUGAAUGGAUUUCGAAGCAUGAAAUGAAGGUGAAGGAGUACAUGUCAAAGUACGAAAGGAUAGGGUGGAGCAAAGUUUUUACCGCUGCAUCAAUACCUGAGAAUCUUACCAGUGAAAUUUCAUUGACUGAAGUGAAGGAAUGCUUUAAUAAAUUUAACUCGAGUUUUGAGGAUGUAUGUCGAACACAAAAUUCAUGGGUCAUACCUGACUCGAAACUUCGUGACCAAGUCAAACUAUCAUUGGCUAGUAAGAUUGUUCCUAUGUAUCAAGUGUUCUACGAGAUGUAUCGUGGAGAAUUAGCGCGGACUGGCACAGAAAUGGAAUCAAUUGUUCGAUAUGCCCCUGAUGAUUUACAAAAUUACUUAUCGGAUUUAUUUUACAGUGUUAGUGUUUCGGAUGGUAGUAUGAGAUGGAGUGGAUCAUAUUUAACGUCAACAUCAUCGUCCUUAUCAAAAGGUGACACAAAAGAGAAGAGUUUGUGUAGAUAAAAUGAAAAAUGAUUUGUUAAUUUUGUAUGUAUUGUGCAGAGAAAUGUUAUACUGAAUGGUACUGACUAAGUAAACUAAAUAUACAUCACUUUGUCUUAUA